AUGGCUUCCCUGGCGAUUUGCCGACAAACACGAAGUGCACCUGCAACGUCCGACCAAAACAGUAAUGUCCAGGACAGCGGGGCGCGAAACCAUACACUACCUCGACUCAGAAACGCGGAGCAGCAAUUUCGACAAGCGUCGAUUUUGACUAGUCUUGAUGUUGAGAGGCUCGAACUGUUUACCUUUUACAAGAAGGUCGAUAUAGUGAAAGACCAGAAGACUAUACUUACCAAGUUCACUAACAUUUGCAAGCUCAACAAUUGUGUUAUUGCUUCCAAAAACGCGUGUCAGGUCAUGGAUCUUUUGAAGCCCGAUAUGUUUCACGUGUACAGACUGUUCACAUCUGCGAUAAUAUCAAGCCUGCACCUGAGCACAGCACACGAGCACAAGAUGGUCAAGGUCAACUCUCAAAUAUACCUGCUUCCUGCUCGUAGUGAUCCAAGUCUGGAAUGGAAUCCACUCGAGCACGAGCAGACACGAUGGAUCCUGCAAAAGCUAGACUUACACGUUAUUGCUAGUGGGCACCUGGUUCUGGUUGUUAGACAUUCCAAAUGGCCGUCGUUGAUAGCUAUGCCUGACCUUAUUAAUCCAAUCGCUUCACCGCUUGAUCAUUCCAAAGGUACUAGUCUGUACUUGGUGCCGACUGGACAGCUAGCAAUGUAUCGGGGUAUGUGGUCAGCUUCCGUGACGCCAGAACAGGAACACUUCAUGGCACGUAGCGGCAGUGAUAGCUCUGUGUGGAAGAAGCGAUGGCUUGAGAUUGCAAGAGAUUGGCUGAGCGACAAGACUGAGCAUACCACGCAUCUUCAAGCGGGCACCAUAUGGCUUGAAGUAGACAUUCCUGUCUUGCAGUCGGACGACGAGAACCAUACAACAAAGGACUUUGUCUGGAAGACCGUACAUUGGCCAGCAGCUUUGAGCUAUGCUUUUUGCAAGUCACUCCAAGCCACAGGGAAGCACGAAACUGAUACAACGGAUCCUUUCAAGAUUGCAAGGGACUGGUUUCUGCAGGGAGCUGCAGACGCUGUGCAAACUCGUCACCAUGACCAUAUCGUCGACUUCCACGCACAGACGGAUGAACAUUUCUUUGACGAUGAGCCCCCUUUCGGAAGUCCUCAACAAUCCAUGAGUCUGCCUAUGCAGAAUUUUGCACCAACAGUAUAUCCUACCCCGCCAGAAGCUUUCAACACUCAACCUACUCCUGGUAUGUCUAUCGACGGUGGAGUGCAAACACCCGCUUCGAAUCUUCAGCCACCUAUGAACCACAACUUUUCGUCGCCAUUCACAAUGAUGACCGACACUGGACUUGCAGGUGGCAACGAACAGGCCAUCUCAAAUUUUUUACAGCACAAUGAGGACGAUGAUCUUUUUGACGAUUUGGAUGAAGCAGGGUUAGGAGACAACACGUUCGCUGACGAGCCCGACUGGGAUUUCUUCAAUCAGGAAGCAGUGCAGCCCGAGAGGAGAGACAGCCAUGUGCAGGUUGCUAACUCUUCGAAUAACGACGAAGAACUUGAGCAGAAAAACGAUCAGGUUGAAGAUGUUGGCAUGGACGCAAUCCGCCUUUCGGAGAAAAGCACCAGUCAUGAGGCAGAUAAGAUCAGCAGCGUCCCUUCGCAGGAGCAGUCUCAUACCAAUUUAUCUGUACCAGCACAUUCCCCAUUACCUCUGUACGAGCCGCCGCUAAUGAGGGAUACUACUUCUCCCAACCUUGAAGUCAAGGACGAGGUGUUUGAUCCUAGGCUAAGCACCACAAGGCCGAACGACUACGUGCCUUCAGGCAAAAGGAGAAGGUCCAGCGUAUAUGACAUCGAUGCUCAGUAUGACACAACGCGUGACCAGAAAUACGGUACACAUGGAAAAUUCUGCUUUGAGCCAACGAGGUAUGCAGGCACAAGGCCAGCAGCCAUAGUAAGGUCGGUGCCUCGACGACCUUCCAGCUCGGUGUCCUCAACCUCCUCCCUCUCAGACGACAACCUGCUUGACUCCAAGGCAAAUCUUGCACCAACGCACCCAUGGACUCACUACGAGCCGGUUCGGUCAGCCAUGCCUGAAGAAAGUAGCGGCAGAGAGCCUCACGACGCUAUCGACCACGAUGCCGAGAUCCACGCACUUCUGGAUCUGAUAGGUACAGCAUCUGGACUGGAACCGUUUCUCACACGAGUUCAGACACAGACCAGCAUUCAACAGAUAAAGGAGACUGAUCCUGAACGGUUCUCAAUGGUUCUUCAGAUGCUGACUGAGCAAUUAGCUCUGUCUACCAUUUUCAGGGGUCAUCAAGACUUGCGUGUUCCUGGCGUGGGUCGUCCACUGACUUUAGAUAUCACGAUGAAUGAUGCUGGAGUCAAUACUACUCUCGUAGCCUCGUCACUGGCUGACUUGGCAUCACUACAGCACCCGAGUGUCCCUGCAAGGGUGGAGUCCAGGAUUACAUCGCUAAAGCCUACCAAACUUCGAUUCAUGCAAGCGAACAGCGAGAUUAUUGCCAAAAGCCCCAUUUUAGGCUAUUGGGAGACCUUAAGCCUUCAGCCGCUGAAUGGCAGUAAGGAAGUGAUGGCCGUCUGCUUGCAUCCGGAAAGUGACGGCUACCGACUCGGUUGUGAGUCCUUUCUGCAACGCAUGACCGAGACGUGGGAUUCCUGUAACCUAGGCCAGCAUCGCAAGAUGAUGUUGGAAGGCCUAUCUGAUACAGGGACAAUCGCGUGGAAGGCUUUGCCAGAUCUACACACCCUUUGCCAGAAGAUUGGCAACGGUCUUGCGGAUGAUGUAUAUGAUGACUGCACUGUUAUAUAUGUCGUCGUCCCAGAGGAUGACCUCUCUCUGUGCUUCCAGCUGUGCGAUGCCUUUGUGGAGCUAUUCGAAACUCUAGAAUUGUCCAGGCAAUCUGAUGGCGGAGAUAUUACGCUACAGCUUGUUCCGAGUUCUUUCAUCGUGGGCUGUGACACAAUAUCCGUGCCGAGCGAGGCCCAGUUCGUCGACCUUGCUAUAGAAGUCUAUCACAGGGUACCGCCCACUGAGCACGUUUCAAACACUGCCUCCUGGGCACCAGCAUUUGUCUUAGAAGAACCCAUACCUCUGCACCUACAAUUUGAUCUGAGUUCGAAAAGUGUAUCACCUUUGGAGAAGCAUGGGAAAUGCUGUCAUCUUGCGUAUUGCCUUACUUUGGACACAAGAUGGCUUAUAGCCACUUGGUCGGACAGUAUUGGUAGCAUUGCGAUGUCGAUGUCCUACAGCCUCUCAGAGGACAAGGAGAAUGCUACUACACGUUCAGAUGUAUUCCGACAUAUCUGCGAGACGUCAGCAGCUCUAAUGAAUGAUCAGCGAGGGACGUGGUGGUUUGUGAUUGCCAAGGUUGGUAUGUAUGAGAUGAGUGAACUCCAAGAUUGGUCUACUGUUCUGGUUCCAUUUUUAGAGGAGCAGAAGUUACUGGGCAGGACCAUGUUACUUAGUGCCGACCUGCAGCCUCGUCUUGCAUUCAGCAGUUCGGCUCUGCUGGCGAGACAAUCUCAAAAUCAGACAGCAGCUGGACAAAACACGUUGGGCACACCUGUUUCGACUCCCCAGGCAACGAGCACAACUUCGCCAGAGCAAACGAUACCUGCCACCCCCACAAGCGCUUCAGCAGCAGUGUUCGCCGCGAGCGCGCAAACACCACCAGAUACGAACAUGGAAGCAGGAAACGACAACGACAUUUUUCUCAGUGAUCCUACAGAAGACAGCUGGAUGAUGAUAUUGCCGUUUGGUCUGAACCCAUCCUAUCUCAACGUUGAAGUUCGGCCAUCGCUAAACACCGGCUUCCUUCUCAAGAAGACAAUUUCUGAGGACAAAACAGAGGUACAAAUGGCACUACUUAGUGUUGACUUAAUCUUGAUACCUCGCAAUCAACCCUCGAGCACCGCUCUAUUGCCCCAAGAGCGUGAACAAUUACUAGAAGAGGUACUACUGCAAUAUCGGGGACUUCAUACCUUGGCUGUUGCGAGGAACUUCAUCGAACCAAGCAAUACAUGCGCACCAUGGCAUAUAGCGUCAGCCUACAAAAGUGCCAAGGUCUUGGAUAUGCUGGUCUGA